AUGCCAAAAACAAUCGUCUCUAGCAAUAUAGAAAGCAAAGAAACAUCGUGCAUGUCAUUUAAAGAAGAUUUGAAAACCCUUAGACCAAAAAUAGAUCAUUUGAAGACAGAAAUUAAGUCUCAAAUGGUUCCCUUUGCGGUACAUCAGGUUAUGAUUGGCUCUCUGUCAAAUGAGCUUGAAGAGAUCAAAAAUACUGUCGGCUAUCUAGAAAGCAAGCUCGACUUUGAAAAGAAAGUAUAUGAAAGAACUAAGCAGAUACUUCUGUCGCUGACAGUUGAUCAGGAUAAUUUGCAUAUACUAGAAACUGGAAGCUUUACAGAUGACGAUGACCUUAUAAAAAUCGAAAAAAGCCUAUCUAUUUUGAAGGAGUUUUCCAGAGGAAAAUGCGAACUUAAAAUUGUAAAAGAGAGGGAGAGGGAGAUUCUAGAUCUUCUUUCUAAUUUUUUAAAAAGAUUUGUGAUGUUUCUUUCAAAGCUAUUUAUAAAGUCAGAAAGCAAAAAUGAGCUCAGAGUCCAUCGUAGCUUCUAUGAAAAAAUGAUGAAAUAUAAAUUUAUUUAUACUUUUAGCAAGACAAAUAGUGAAUAUUACACAGUUCUAUGUGUUGCAUACACUAGAAAAUCAAAAGAUCUCUAUAACGAAGAGUUUGAAAACCAUCUAAAUAGAGUAUCGGAGUUGAUAACAGAUGUAAAUUCAUUAAAGUUUACCCUGGAUGCCCUUGUUAUGACAUAUGAGUCUCUUUUAGAGUGUGAAACCAACUUCUUGAGUCUUAUGGACAUUAGCUCAGACAUUAGAGAAAUAUUUUCAGGGGUGGACUUGAUGAUUGUUGAUUUUAUUGAUAUUUUCUUCAAAAUGUCACCUUUUUGCAUUAUCAUCGCCCUUAAUUUGUACACAACUGGCGAAUUCGUUAACAGACUAGGAUCUCUGGGCCAAUCGUUAAAAGAAAAAAAAGCCAUACUUGAGGAAGUUUUUCUGCAUCAACAGAAAAGUACUGGAUUGAGUUUUGAAGUGGCAGGAUUGAUCAACGAGUUGAACAAAAUGCCAAUUAAAUCUGAUUUUCUGGAAAAUCUAGUCCAUGCAGUUAUUAAAAAGGCUCGCAAACAAAAUGUGCAACUUGAAGAAGGUUUGAAAAAUCAUCAAAUUAUUCACUCUGUUGAAAGAUUGGAUGAUAAGAAGGAGAUUAUUGAGUGUAUGGAGAGAUACUUGACACCCAAAAUCAUAGAUCGAAUUUUUGGGGGCAGAAACGAACGAUCUGAGAUCAAAGAGAUUUUUAAGGCUGUGGAUUCUCAAAAAGGUGGAUACGUCGAGGCCAUAAGCUUCAUAAAGAAGACCAUACUUGAAAACUGCGAGGAGGCUAAAAGAAAUGAAUAUAUUAAGAUACUCGCGGAAGUCAACAAAACGUAG